UUCCGUCGCUUCAGCGGCCUCUCUUCCUCCAGCGCCAUCAUGGGUCGCAUGCACGCUCCCGGAAAGGGCUUGUCCCAGUCUGCUCUGCCGUACAGGCGCAGUGUUCCCACUUGGCUGAAACUAACAUCUGAUGAUGUAAAGGAGCAGAUCUUCAAGCUGGCCAAAAAGGGUCUGACUCCAUCUCAGAUCGGUGUGAUUCUGAGGGAUUCCCACGGUGUGGCCCAGGUGCGUUUUGUCACAGGAAACAAGAUCUUGAGGAUCCUGAAGUCCAAGGGCCUGGCCCCGGACCUCCCAGAGGACCUCUACCACCUCAUCAAGAAGGCUGUGGCAGUCAGGAAGCAUCUUGAGAGGAACAGAAAGGACAGGGAUGCCAAGUUCCGGCUCAUUCUGGUGGAAAGCAGGAUCCACAGGCUGGCCCGCUACUACAAGACCAAGAGAGUACUGGCCCCCAACUGGAAGUACGAGUCCUCUACAGCUUCUGCUCUGGUGGCAUAAACAAUUUUUGGAUCAAUAAAAAAAUAAAUUCUA